AUGUCCAACGGCAUCCCCAACGGCCACACCAAUGGCACGACCAACGGCGUCGAGGGAGCCACCUACGCCCUCUCACAAGCACACGCCGACCUCAUGCAGCAGCCUCUGGUCGACCUCGACCCCGAGAUCGCGGACAUUAUGGUGAAAGAGAUCAAGCGUCAACGCGAGUCCAUCCUCCUCAUCGCCUCCGAGAACGUCACCUCCCGCGCCGUCUUCGAUGCCCUUGGCUCGCCCAUGAGCAACAAGUAUAGUGAAGGCUAUCCCGGCGCACGCUACUACGGCGGCAACGAGCACAUCGACGAGAUCGAGCUGAUGUGCCAGAGGCGGGCUCUCCAAACCUUCGGCCUCGACAGCGAACGGUGGGGCGUGAAUGUACAAUGCCUGUCUGGCUCCCCAGCCAACCUCCAGGUCUACCAGGCCAUCAUGCGUCCCCACGACCGUCUCAUGGGCCUCGACCUCCCCCACGGCGGCCAUCUGUCCCACGGCUACCAAACACCCACCAAGAAGAUCUCCGCCGUGAGCACAUACUUCGAGACCUUCCCCUACCGCGUCAACCUCGAGACCGGCAUCAUCGACUACGACAAACUCGAAGAGAACGCCAUGAUGUACCGCCCCAAAGUCAUCGUCGCCGGCACUUCCGCCUACUGCCGCACCAUCGACUACGCCCGCAUGCGCGCCAUCGCGGACAAAGUCGGCUGUUACCUGGUGGUCGACAUGGCGCACAUCUCCGGCCUGAUCGCCGCGCGCGUCAACGCCUCCCCCUUCGACCACGCCGACAUCGUCACCACCACCACCCACAAAUCCCUGCGCGGGCCCCGCGGCGCCAUGAUCUUCUUCCGCAAAGGCGUGCGCAAGACGGAGAUGAAGGCCGGCAAAGAACUCACCACCCUCUACGACCUCGAAGGCCCGAUCAACUUCUCCGUCUUCCCCGGGCAUCAAGGUGGUCCGCACAACCACACCAUCACCGCCCUCGCCGUCGCGCUGAAGCAAGCCCAGACGCCGGAGUUUGUCCAGUACCAGGAACAAGUCAUCAAGAACGCCAAGCAGCUCGAGCACUCCUUCAAAUCCCUGGGAUACAAACUCGUCACCGACGGCACAGACAACCACAUGGUCCUGCUCGACCUCAAACCCACCGGCCUGGAUGGCGCACGGGUGGAAGCAGUCCUCGAACAAGUCAACAUCGCCUGCAACAAGAACACCACCCCCGGGGACAAAUCCGCUCUCACACCUUGCGGUAUCCGCAUCGGCGCGCCGGCGAUGACGAGCAGAGGCAUGGGCGAGAAGGAUUUCGAGCGGAUUGCCGGGUUGAUUGAUCGGUGUGUGCGGUUGGCGCGGAAGAUCCAGGAUGAGCUGCCGAAAGAGGCGAACAAGCAGAAGGAUUUCAAGGCGCGGGUGGCGCAUGGGGGCAAGAUUGAGGAGAUUGCCGAGAUGAAGGCGGAGAUUGCGGCGUGGGCGGGGACGUUUCCGCUGCCGGUGUAG